AGCAGUUUUGGAACUAUACCAAUAACUGAUGGAUCGCAGCAUGCCGUACGGCCCGGAAAUCACCUACGAUGAUACGCUCAAGGUGUGGAGUGGGGGCGAAAGAGCGAACUAUUUCGCUCCGCACCUUUCCAUUGGGGAGAUCAUCUUCCGAGAGAUGGAAAGGCAUCCAAAGCUCAUUGCACAGAUCUCAGCCACUGAGAAGACGGUGAUGACUCGGGAGGAGGUGCGUUUCAAUGCGAUGCGUGUGGCCACCUAUAUGCGAGGACUUGGCCUAAAGCAAUGUGAUAUUGUGGGCCUUAUAGCCAGGAACACGACGCACCUGGUGGCUGUGGCCUACGCCUGCUUUUUCAAUGGAAUGCCCUUCCACUCCCUGAACAUCUCCUACGAGCAGGACACCAUUGAGAAGCUGCUUAGCAUUACCAGACCCCGUCUGAUAUUCUGCGACGGGGAUGAGUACGAGAGAGUUCUGGCAGCCACCGAGCACAUCAAGCUGGACAUCUCAAUCAUAACCAUGCGAAACCACCCUUCGGGGUCCCUGCGGAUUCAGGAUAUCCUGACCACACCCAUUGAGGAUAACUUCCGGCCAGCAUGUCUGGAGCAGGGCCCCGAUCAGACCUUGGCCAUUCUCUGCUCCUCGGGGACCACGGGCGUUCCAAAGGCAGUCACGAUUACAAACAGUCAACAGGUUCUUUUGACCUUUUUUCGUCUAACCUCCAAUGAUGUGCAAUAUACACACAGCACCCUAGAUUGGAUAUCGGGUCUUAUAAUCAUCAUUAGCGCCGGGGUAUUCAGCACAACCAGCAUUAUUGCCGACAAUGUCUUCGAUCCUGCUCUCCUGUGUCGUAUGAUCAAAGAAUACAAGAUAACAUUCAUCUUUCAAUGUCCUUCACACAUGGCCAUGCUGGCCAACUGUCCGGAAUUCGAAACAUCUGAUCUAUCAAGCAUUCGGUUCUACAUUUAUGGUGGAUCCAACUGCUCCUUGAAGGUUCAGAAUCGAAUACGUAGUCGUCUUAGCCACGACUGCCUGCACUUCGCAUACGCUGUAACAGAGCUGAACAGCGUGGGCUGUACUAAUCUUCACUUUGACGAAAAACCCAACUCCGUGGGUCGCCCGAUAAAAGGAAUCAGUCUAAAGAUAAUCGAUGAACAGGGCGAGGCCCUGGGACCAAACGAAACGGGUCAAGUCUGCUUUCUCAAUGGUCAGAAUUGGUCGGGUUAUUACGGGAACCCAGAAGAGACUCUCAUAAUUCGGGACUCAGAGAAGUGGCUGCAUACUGGAGAUCUGGGCUAUAUGGACGAAGAUGGCUUCCUAUACAUAAUUGCUCGGCAAAAGGACAUGCUAAAGUACCACAACAUCAUGUAUUAUCCCAACGAGAUAGAGACAGUCAUCUCCCAGAUGCAGAAUGUAGCCGAGGUCUGUGUCUUCGGGGUUUGGGAUGCAGUCAAUGGGGAUGAGGCCGCAGCUUCUGUGGUGAAGCGGCACGGAACCAAUCUGGUCGCCCAGGACGUUUUGGACUUUGUAAAGGAACAUAUUGAUGCCCAGUAUAAACAAUUAAAUGCUGGAGUCAUCAUUGUAGAUGAUCUGAAGCGCAGUGCCAAUGGAAAAACUAAUCGACGUGCGACCAAAGCUCACUUCCUGGAAAUCACCAAUAGGAGGGCGUUCGGAGGACAAUCGAUAUAGAGAUCAGGAUUGUAUUUUUACCACUACAAAGUGGUUU